AUGGUCAUAUAUGUUGCAGGUAAUGUUAUUGCAGUGCUGGUGUUACUUUCUCCAGCUAGAACAUUUUGGCAAAUAAUAAAGCACAAAUCAACUGAGGACUUUGAGAGCCUUCCUUAUAUUUGCACAUUGUUGAAUGCUUCGCUAUGGACUUACUAUGGCAUCACAAAACCUGGAGAAUAUCUUGUAGCCACUAUUAAUGGUUUUGGCAUUCUAGUUGAAGCUAUCUAUGUUACUUUAUUCCUCAUCUACGCUCCAUCAAAACAGAUCAGGUGCAAAACAGCCGCUCUUGUUGGGAUCCUGGAUGUGGGUUUUUUGGCAACAGCGAUUCUCUUUACUCGGUUAGCUUUCCAAGGAGAGUUACGUAUUGAUGCCUUAGGCUUCAUUUGUGCAGGCGUCAAUGUUAUUAUGUAUGCAUCGCCUCUUUCUGCCAUGAAAACAGUGGUGACUACCAAGAGUGUGGAAUACAUGCCAUUUUUCCUCUCAUUUUUCCUAUUUUUGAACGGUGGGAUCUGGGCUUUCUAUGCCUUGCUGCUUGGUGAUAUUUUUCUUGGGGUACCAAGUGGCGCAGGGUUUGUACUGGGAACAGCUCAGCUAGUACUCUACGCAAUCUACAGAAACUCCAAGCCAUCAAAGAAUGUUGCGAAUGCAUUAGAAGAAGGAACACAACGCGAACCUCUAAUCUCUCCCUCAUAA